AUGUUUAAUCUUAUUAAGAAGGACAAAGAGAGAGAGAAGGAAAAGGACAUUGGCAAGAAAGAGAAGAAAGACAAAAAAGACAAGAAGGAGCGUAUGUCCCCGGCCGAGUUGAAGAGUCUGGAAGAGAUGAGCAUACGUCGAGGCUUCUUCCAUCUCAAUCGAGGGAGCUCCAAGAAGGAAUCAAGGAGCAAGUUGGAGAUUUCUGGUCCUAUUCCCAUCAAGGUGGCAAGCAACCUAGAUCUCAGUCUGGCAGACUUGGAUGCUGAGCGCCUCAUCAGCUGUGACACCUUAGCGCAAGAUGUAGGAUCUGGUGAGGAUACCAAGGGAAUCGACCAGGACCAAAUACGCAGCUCUGUAAAGGAGAGAGCAGCUAAGUUUGGAGAAUUAGCCAAGUUGAAUUCUGGGCUAAGCCCGAGGUAUCCGACCCCUUCCCAGAGGAACAAUGCAUUUGAUACGUCAAAGGUCUGUGUUCAGAUAUCAAAGCCACCCUAUUUUCGCCAAGGAAGCAAGCCACAAAACAUAAAUAGGGUGCUUGUUCCCGAACUAGUAGAAAAAACAUUCACAGGUGUCAACUUAGAGUUGCCAGUGCUUGUUGCUCCACCAAUCCCAGAUCCCAGAGAACUCAAGCUCCAGCGACGCAACACAGGUGAUUUUGGCUUUUCUUUGAGGAGGUCAACCAUGCUGGACAGGCAACCCGAUGGAGACGUGUACAGGAGAGUGGUGCACUUUGCAGAGCCCGGUUCUGCCACUAAGGACCGGGCUCUGGGCCUGGUGCCAGGAGACAGACUGGUUGAGAUCAAUGGGAUCAAGGUGGAGAACAAGAGCAGGGAUGAGAUUGUGGAGAUGAUCCGUCAAUCUGGGGAGUCUGUGUUGCUGAAGGUGCAACCCAUUUUGGAGCUGAGUGAGUUGAACCGCAGCUGGCUGAGGACAUCCCAAAGCCCAUACAAGGAAGGCUUGAGUGUAAGUUGCAUUCCAUUUUCCAAUUCAUCUUCUUACAGGUAG